AUGACGACAGAUCAUGACGACGUUGUGAGUGAUCGGAUGACAAAUCAUGCUGAGAAGUUUUUACUUGCAGUACAUCCGUAUCAAUCACCUUCUCAUAAUUUAUUUUCGCAGAGUUUUUCAUUUUCAGCAGUGCUGCACCAGUUGCACAUUUUAUUGCGCGCAGGCGCGCAACUUCGUGAUGAUCCUAAGGUCGUGUAUUGCUCUGCAUUGCUAUCGCAAAUUGAGAAAAUCGCACUAGGAGUUCUUUCUGGUUUUGUACCAGUGCUAUCGAGACGCUCGCAGACGGUGCUCUUUUGCCUCCGGAUGAUGGUCCUUUUUUUCUAUUUUUUUCGAU